AUGUUUAUUGAGAAUUUAAUCUCUGAACUCUAUAAACCUUCAUAUAAGUCUGAUGUCUUGGAUGAUAUCGAAGCAAAAUUAAACUAUAAUUUCAAGAGGAGGGAUUUGUUGAAAGAAUCAUUUUAUGUGCUUUUGGAGAUGGUAGCUAAAAACCGUUUCAUACACUGCAAUGCAUGCAAACAAGCACUUGAAUCAGCAGGUCUCCGAUCUUAUGAAUUAAUGGAGUUAUUUGGGAAUUUUUUCCUCAAGCUAGCAAUAACAAUAGAUUUGUAUAAAAAAUAUCCCACCUUGGAAGCAGGCAUCUUGACAAAGUUAAGAUCUCAAAUUAUGGACAACGAAAAACUGGCAAAAGUUGCUGUAAAUAAACUAUAUCUUCAUAACCAUAUCUCUUGUGCAAAUGUCCCUAGAAAGAAAGGUAACUCUUCAAAAUAUUUGAUUCAGAUCAAAACAUUCAUUGACGAUAUGACAAAAUAUAAAGAUUUGAAUCCACUUGAAGUUUUGUUUAAUUCAGUCAAAACAAUAGCAGGUGCAAUGUUUCUUGACAGUACUAAGUUAACAGAGAACAUCGGCUGUUGUUUGGAACAAGUUUGGGAGAAAUUGGAGAAUUUGUUAGAGCCACUGACCACUCCAAAGACAUUGGACGAGCAUCCCGUUUCUAAACUGCAGGAAUUAUGUCAAAAAUUGGGCAAACGUGUUGAAUACAAACAUCAUAAAUUUAAAUUUAAAGUGUUUGAUGAAGAGGAAAUAACAGUUGUAGAAGUAUUUAUAAAUGAUAAGAAAUUUGGAAUGGGCGAAUGUAUAAAGAAAGAAGUUGCAAAGAAAAGGGCUGCGAGAGAUGGUCUUGCUCAGUUAGAACAAGAAAGUGAAGACUAA